CUUCUCUGCCCUCUCAUUUCUGUGCCACCUCCCUGCUGGUCUCUGGGAGCUGCUGCUGCCUCCUCCUUCCAUUCUACAGGAUCUCUACGUUCCCUGAUCAGCUUCUCAAGCAAAGGUUUCCCUGCUCUGUCUCUCCCCCGCCCCGCUCCCCAGCUGGAGGAUGUGAUCCGGUGUCUCCGCCCGCCUGCGGUGUGUGAGCAGCGUCCCUCCGGAGUGGGCUGUGCUCGGUGUCCUCACGUGUCUUUGUCCGGGGGUUCCCAGUGUCCACCAUGUCCGAGGUGCUGCCAUUCAGUGAGGCUGAGCAGCGGGGGCAUUAUGCAGACGGAGGGGGAGAUAUCUCAGGACAGAUCCCACUCACCUGCCGCCUCCAGGACACCGGGAACUUCUACGGAAGCUCGGGGCAGGGGGGCGGCAAGAGACCUCCUAAACUCGGGCAGAUUGGACGUAGCAAGAGAGUAGUUAUUGAAGAUGAGCGGAUCGAUGCUGUGCUUUCUGAGAAAUCACCUCCUGAAGCUUAAAAUCUUCCAGGGCCUGUUCAUUACAAUGAAAAAAAUCAAUUACUUGGAUCCAACACGCCAAUAAUCAGUUCUAUGACAAUAGUCACUUCACAUGCGUUUGGCAGAGGACCUGAAAAAUAAAAUCAUCAGAAAAAAAUAAAAAAAUAAAAACAAAUAGGUGUUAAGAAAAAGUAAAAAAGAAAGAAAGAAAUUCAAGAAAGAAAUAUGGACACAAGGCACAGAAUGAAACCAAAUCUGGGAUUUCAAAGCUGCAGACUAUAUAUUGACAACAUUCUAUGGCAAGGGUUUUUCAGGAGCGCCAUUUAUUUAUUUGGGGUGAAAUUCUAAGGUGGAUUUUGAAGAGAAAUGGGGUAUGUGAUGCGAUUCUUGAGCUUUGAGGGAUAGCUCUGUAUAUUGGACUAAAAGAAUCAUCUAAAGAUAUGUGAGCAAAAUAACCAGCAAAAUAAGCAGUGUAUGGCUUCCCUAGGAGUUUUUUUGGCAAGAUAAGCAAGAUGGGGGUGGGGUUAUUUUUAAAGCAGCUUUUUGACUCUGCUUAUAAAUAAGCCACUGGAAAGUGACCCCUAUCCUAGCAGCCUUGUGGGCCAUGCAGUACAUGACGUAGCAAAAAUCUUCAUUAACAGAGCACCACUCCAGCGUGGCUUUGAAACAUACAACACAAAAGGAACCAUAUUGUUUCUAAUGCUACAAAAGCCAACACUGUUUAUAAUGGGAGCCCGAUUAUGCUGCAUGGCAUUGGGGUAUUGAUUAUUUUUAUGUUUGUUUUUUUAAGACAUUAUUCACCAGUACACAUUAUGCAUACUGGCAAGAAAGAAAGAAAAAAUCAUGCUAAUUGGUCAAUGUUGCUGUCAAAAUAGGCACAGAACAUUAAAAAAAAAAUACUGUAAAAAUGCAGCUCAUAUAAGAUAUUACACGAUGGGAAUGUAACUCCUGGGCUCACUGGUAUUAACCCCUUGAUUACCAGAGAGGGCAUGGUAUUUGAUUGUUAUGCAGAGGUUUAACCCUGUCUCUGGCACUCUAAUAUUUCAAGAGUUAAUCAGAUGAUAAAGAUUUUUAGAGGAUUGUGGACAAAUGAUUUUAUAUGCUUUUCUAAAGGGUUGUCAUUAACCCCUAAGAUUUUUUUUAUAUGUGCAAAAAGAUUCACUAGUCUGCAGCCCUCUUUAGUAGUCAAGGGGUUAAAGUGGAUUAACCUUAAGAGUUUGCAAUGCAUUUGAGUACUUUUUAAGUACUGAGAAUCUGUUUGAGAUAAGAAAAUCUACAGAUUUUAAGAAAUAUAAUACACAAUAUUCUGUUCAAGUCAUGUGUAAUAAUUCUUGUCAUUAAAAUAGGAGGUAGCUCCUAAUUCUCACCUUUUAAAAGAAAAAAAGAAAAAAAAUCUAUUAGUUUCUUAAGCCAAACAGCCAGAAUAUUUCUAGGAAUAUAUGUGUCAUCACAGCUUUUAAUUAAACAGGCUUAUGGAUCUAAGGAAUGAGCAAUUAUAGGCCCUCCAGAUGUUAUGAACUGCAUCUCCCAUAAUGCUCUUUCAGCCAUAAUGCUGCCAAAGCAUCACGGGAGAUGUAGUCCAUAACAUCUGGAGGUACGAUAAUUGCCCACCCCAAAUAUGGAAAGUCUGGUACAUUUAUUGGCUCAUUUAAUUGGCAAACUUUUAAGGCUAAUUAGAAUUGAUCAUGGAAAGUCCUUAAAGGGAUAUUAAACAGUAUGAGAUUGUAAUAUAAAAUAAUUUAUUAUGUGUAUUUAAAAAAACUUUGCAGUGUACUUUCAUUAUUUAUUUUGUCCUGUUUUCUUGUAAAUUAAGUCUGAAAAUUAUUAUUUUUCUAAAUUCCACAGAGGUUUUAUAGAAUAAUGUGUGCUGCCAUGUUUGAACUUGUUUUCGCCUUUUCUAUCUCUCCUGCUGAGGACAACUAUUGACAGAUAUAAAACAGGCAAUGAAAGACACUGUUCAAACAAGGCUGCGUGGAACAUAAGAUUGUUAAAGUAAUAAUCUAACAGGGGUUCCACGCAGUCUUGUUUGCAAGUCUUUUUCAUUGUUUGUUUUAUAUUUGUCCCUGUUUAUCCUCAGCAGGAGAGAUAGAUUAGGGCAAAACUUAAAUUUAAACAUGGUUGCAUCUAUUACGUUAUAAAAAACAAAACAUUUACACUUAUAUCGUCAAUAUUUAAAAAUAUAUAUAUAUAUAAUUGCAAAAAAUAAAUUUGCAUAUUAUUUAUAAUGCUAACUUUUGCUUUGAAUACAUCAUUAUGUUUAGCAUCUAUUUACUGUUUAAUAUCCUUUUAAGUAUAUACAUUUCAAAAUGCAUCCUUCAUCUGAGGCUUAAAGGGAUACUAAACCCAAAUGUUUCUUUAAUGCUUCAGAUAGAGCAGGCAAUUUUAAGCAACUUUCUAAUUUAUUCCUAUUAGCACAU